UCUCCUGACCUCGUGAUCCACCCGCCUCGGCCUCCCAAAGGCGAGGAUGUCUUUUGACCUAAUGUUUCUUCUCUGGGCUCUGGAGGUAGUGCAGUCUUGGGCCUGGGGGUCACCAGUCCCUGGGGACUUUGAUGCAGGAGGCACUAGGGCUUCCUGUCCAGAAGGGGCCCAGGCUAAACUCAGGACACUGGGGGAACAGGGCCUGGGAUGUGCCAAGGAAACUGGCGGCGGGAGUAGAAGUGAGUCAGGGUGAGUCACUCCCUGGCAGGUGCAGGCGUGCUGCUGACCCCUCCCUGUUUCUGCACAGGUGUCUGUCAGGCAUCAGUGGGGUCUGGGCUACGAGGUCCCCUUUCUUGGGAGUACCUACAAGUGAGGAACCUUAGGGGACCCACAAGACAGGAAGGGCUGCCAGUGGCCAGGGGUGAGGCAGGGAUCUAGGAGGACUUCCUGGAGGAGGAGGUUCCAAGUGAGUCUUGAAAAAGGCCCUCCAGGGAGGGAAGCCCUCAGCUUGGAGGACAGGACCUGGCAUGCCUAGGGUGCUGACCGGGUGGCCUGAGGAGCCAGUGGUCAGGGCAGGGGGAGCAGGGCUGGCUCAGGCUGUGAUCUGUAGGCUGCAGGGAGCCACCACAGGGCUCAGGGCAGAGGAAUAGUUGCAUGUUACCAGGAAAUCUUCCCGUAGGAAGGUGGGUGUGCUGCGGACCAGCUGCAGGAAUUGAGGACCAAGAGGAGCAGGCUCUCAGCUCUGGGGUCCCACAUCCCACAGGUGCCAUUACACGCCCUCACUCUCCAUGUGCCCUUACCCAGGGCCCCCAGGACAUGAAGGAGGGGCAUGAUGGGGGCAGGGCUGACAUGAGGCUUUGGGGUCCUCUCCCCUGUCAGCCCCUGGCUCUGUUUCCCUGUCUUUCCUGCUCCCUAGACCUUGUCUGAUACCUAUACUGGGUCUCUUAGCCUCGAUGCUUCUCCCCACCUGCCCUCCUGGGGAGGGGGAGCUUUAAGACCCUGUGCCCACAAGGCAGUGUGUGUGUGUGUGUGUGUGUGUGUGUGUGUGUGAAAGAGAGAGAGAGAGAGAGAGAGAGAGACAUGGAUACUGCAGCUUCUCUGCCUUCCCUCUGUUCCCUAGUUUGGGAGGGCAGGGGCCAGGCAGUCUCGUCUGCAUUAUUGCACUCCGUGCCUGCCCCAGUGUGUCUGGAGUGGACAUGUUUUUCUCACGCUGAAGGGUCAAAGCUGCGCAGGGUCCUGGUCUCAGCGGCUAGGGAAUGCUGGAGAGUCACUGUGUGGCAGCUGCCAUGUCCUGUGUGGGGCUGGGGCAGGACUAGAAGCUGCCUUCCUGGCCUAUGGGAUGGCCUCUCCCACCACGGCCCGAGAGUGGGACAGUCCAGAGGUCCCUGCUCCUUGGGCUUGGAGCCCCUCCUUCCUGUGUGUGGCACUUCAACAGCCAGGCCCUCUUGCUCUUGGGGGUCUCUCUUGGUAGCAGCUGGGUCUCUAGGCUACUACAAGUGUGACACAGAUGACACCUUCGAAGCCCGAGAGGAGAUCCUGGGGGAUGAGGCCUUCGACACUGCCAACUCCUCCAUCGUGUCUGGCGAGAGUAUCCGUUUUUUUGUCAAUGUCAACCUUGAGAUGCAGGCCACCAACACUGAAAAUGAAGCGACUUCCGGUGGCUGUGUGCUCCUGCACACCUCCCGAAAGUACCUGAAGUUAAAGAACUUCAAGGAAGAGAUCCGUGCGCAUCGCGACCUGGAUGGCUUCCUGGCGCAGGCCAGCAUCGUCCUGAACGAGACGGCCACCUCCUUGGAUAACGUGCUGCGGACCAUGCUUCGCCGCUUUGCCCAGGACCCUGACAACAACGAGCCCAACUGCAACCUGGACCUGCUCAUGGCCAUGCUCUUCACCGAUGCCGGGGCACCCAUGCAGGGUAAAGUCCAUCUGCUGUCAGAUACCAUUCAAGGGGUCACCGCCACAGUGACAGGGGUGCGGUACCAACAGUCGUGGCUCUGCAUCAUCUGUACCAUGAAGGCCCUACAGAAGCGCCACGUGUGCAUCAGCCGCCUGGUUCGUCCACAGAACUGGGGGGAGAAUUCCUGUGAGGUUCGGUUCGUCAUCCUGGUGCUGGCCCCACCCAAGAUGAAAAGCACUAAGACUGCGAUGGAGGUGGCGCGCACAUUUGCCACCAUGUUCUCGGAUAUCGCCUUCCGCCAGAAGCUCCUGGAGACCCGCACAGAGGAGGAAUUCAAGGAGGCCUUGGUGCAUCAGAGACAGCUGCUCACCAUGGUGAGCCACGGUCCAGUGGCGCCGAGAAUGAAGGAACGCAGCACAGUCUCCCUCCCUGCCCACAGACACCCAGAGCCCCCAAAGUGCAAGGACUUUGUCCCUUUCGGGAAGGGCAUCCGGGAGGACAUCGCACGCAGGUUCCCCUUGUACCCCUUGGACUUCACCGAUGGCAUUAUUGGGAAAAACAAGGCUGUGGGCAAAUACAUCACCACCACCCUGUUCCUCUACUUCGCCUGCCUCCUGCCCACCAUCGCUUUCGGGUCCCUCAAUGAUGAGAACACAGAUGGGGCCAUUGACGUGCAGAAGACCAUAGCCGGGCAGAGCAUCGGGGGCCUGCUCUACGCGCUCUUCUCCGGGCAGCCAUUGGUGAUUCUGCUGACCACCGCGCCCCUGGCGCUCUACAUCCAGGUGAUUCGUGUCAUCUGUGAUGACUAUGACCUGGACUUCAACUCCUUCUACGCGUGGACGGGCCUGUGGAAUAGUUUCUUCCUCGCGCUUUAUGCCUUUUUCAACCUCAGCCUGGUCAUGAGUCUCUUCAAGAGGUCGACGGAGGAGAUCAUUGCCCUCUUCAUUUCCAUCACGUUUGUGCUGGAUGCUGUCAAGGGCAUGGUUAAAAUCUUCUGGAAGUACUACUAUGGGCAUUACUUGGACGACUACCACACAAAAAGGACUUCAUCCCUGGUCAGCCUGUCAGGCCUCGGCGCCAGCCUCAACGCCAGCCUGCACACUGCCCUCAACGCCAGCUUCCUGGCCAGCCCCACGGAGCUGCCCUCGGCCACGCACUCAGGCCAGGCGACCGCGGUGCUCAGCCUCCUCAUCAUGCUGGGCACGCUCUGGCUGGGCUACACCCUCUACCAAUUCAAGAAGAGCCCCUACCUGCACCCCUGCGUGCGCGAGAUCCUGUCCGACUGCGCCCUGCCCAUCGCGGUGCUCGCCUUCUCCCUCAUCAGCUCCCAUGGCUUCCAGGAAAUCGAGAUGAGCAAGUUCCGCUACAACCCCAGCGAGAGCCCCUUUGCGAUGGCGCAGAUCCAGUCGCUGUCCCUGAGGGCCAUCAGCAGUGCCAUGGGCCUCGGCUUCCUGCUGUCCAUGCUCUUCUUCAUCGAGCAGAACUUGGUGGCCGCCUUGGUGAAUGCACCAGAGAACAGGCUGGUGAAGGGCACUGCCUACCACUGGGACCUCCUGCUCCUGGCCAUCAUCAACACAGGGCUGUCUCUGUUUGGGCUGCCUUGGAUCCAUGCCGCCUACCCCCACUCCCCGCUGCAUGUGCGAGCCCUGGCCUUAGUGGAGGAGCGUGUGGAGAACGGGCACAUCUAUGACACGAUUGUGAACGUGAAGGAGACGCGGCUGACCUCGCUGGGUGCCAGCGUCCUGGUGGGCCUGUCCCUGCUGCUGCUGCCAGUCCCGCUUCAGUGGAUCCCCAAGCCCGUACUCUAUGGCCUCUUCCUCUACAUCGCGCUCACCUCCCUCGAUGGCAACCAGCUCGUCCAGCGCGUGGCCCUGCUGCUCAAGGAGCAGACUGCGUACCCCCCGACACACUACAUCCGGAGGGUGCCCCAGAGGAAGAUCCACUACUUCACAGGCCUGCAGGUGCUUCAGCUGCUGCUGCUGUGCGCCUUCGGCAUGAGCUCCCUGCCUUACAUGAAGAUGAUCUUUCCUCUCAUCAUGAUUGCCAUGAUCCCCAUCCGCUAUAUCCUGCUGCCCCGAAUCAUUGAAGCCAAGUACUUGGAUGUCAUGGAUGCUGAGCACAGGCCUUGACUGGCAGGCCCUGGCCACGCCCCAUUCGCCAGCUCUCCACGUCCUCCCAGGCUGGCUUUGGAGCUGUGAGGGGAGGUGUAGGUGUGUGGGUGACUGCUUUGUGCUGCGCCUUCUCAUGGCUGACUCAGGCCUGGGGCAUCUGGGCAUUGUAGGGGUGCAGUGGUGUGUGCCCACCCCUCUCCCGCUAUCCUUUAGCUUUGGGCCAAGAGCGUUGCUCAGGGCAGCUUCUGCCCAGGGUGGGUGGGACUGAGCAGGAUGGAUUUUCUUUUGAUAAAAGAGUCGAUGCCUGAAAGAGAAACCAUUUCCUUGAUUGUGUAAGGAACUUGGUGUACGCACAUUAGAGAAUAAAGCUCCUGUUUCUAGGCUCCUA